CGGAACGCAGCAAGUAUCUAAAGGCCAGUGAACUUUGGAAUUUGUAUCGCAACUUUGGCAUAACUUUUAUUUCACAUUUAAAGUUAAAGUCAUUAAAUCAGUAAAUAUGAAUCAAUUAGGAGUAAUUACUAGGCAAUUUUCAUGCUCUUCAGCUGUUCAAAGCGCGAUUAAAAAUGUAACAGUUAUAGGAGGUGGGCUGAUGGGAUCUGGCAUAGCUCAGGUAGCCGCACAGGCUGGUCAGAAUGUCACACUGGUGGAUGUCAACGGUGACAUCUUGGCAAAGGCGCAGAAGUCUAUCGGCAACAACCUUGGCCGUGUUGCAAAGAAGAUGUACAAAGACAAUCCACAGGAAGGAGAGAAGUUCGUCUCCGAGGCUAUGGGCAGGAUUAAAACGGCCACAGAUCCAGUAAGCGGAUCACAGACUGCUGAUCUUGUGGUUGAAGCUAUUGUAGAGAAUAUUGACAUUAAGCACCAGCUAUUUCAAAAACUUGAUCAAGUUGCUCCAGAUCACACAAUCUUUGCAUCAAACACUUCUUCUCUGUCUGUUAAUGAGAUUGGAGCUGUGGUCAAGAGGAAAGACAAGUUCGGUGGAUUACAUUUCUUCAAUCCAGUGCCAGUGAUGCGUUUACUAGAAGUAGUCCGCGGUGCGGAGACAUCUGAAACUACUUACAGAAGUAUGAUGGACUGGGGUAAAGCAUUGGGGAAGACUUGCAUCACCUGCAAGGACACACCUGGAUUUGUUGUCAAUAGGUUAUUGGUGCCUUAUAUUGCGGAAGCCAUAAGACUAUUUGAAAGAGGUGAUGCAUCCGCUAAAGACAUUGAUAUAGCUAUGAAAUUGGGAGCUGGAUACCCCAUGGGUCCAUUAGAAUUGGCAGACUAUGUUGGACUGGAUACCAACAAGUUUAUCCUGGAUGGUUGGCACAAGAAAUACCCUGAUCAACAACUGUUUAAGCCAAUUCCUUUAUUAAAUAAAUUAGUAUCGGAGGGUAAAUUAGGUGUGAAAACUGGUGAAGGUUUUUACAAAUAUGAGAAGAAAUAAAAUGAGAUUUUUUACAUGAA